GCAGAUGGUCUCACUGCUUUUCAACCACUUUAACGAAAAAGUAGGCGUCGGUCAGUUCAAUCUUGGAGCGUCUGUCAUUGUGCUUGGAGUGCGCAGCGGAUAACUAAAACCUAUCUUUACAUAUUUCCAUAAAAGAUAUCAAUCUAUCUGCAGCAAAAUGUGUGACGAAGAGGUUGCAGCUUUGGUGGUCGACAACGGAUCUGGAAUGUGCAAAGCCGGCUUUGCCGGUGAUGACGCACCGCGUGCUGUCUUCCCCUCGAUUGUGGGCCGUCCACGUCACCAAGGCGUGAUGGUUGGAAUGGGUCAGAAGGACUCGUAUGUGGGCGAUGAGGCGCAGAGCAAGCGUGGUAUCCUCACUCUGAAGUACCCAAUCGAGCACGGCAUCGUGACCAACUGGGACGACAUGGAGAAGAUCUGGCAUCACACUUUCUACAACGAGUUGCGCGUCGCUCCGGAGGAGCACCCAGUCCUGCUGACAGAGGCUCCCUUGAACCCUAAGGCCAACCGUGAGAAGAUGACCCAGAUCAUGUUCGAGACCUUCAACACCCCGGCAAUGUAUGUGGCCAUCCAGGCGGUGCUGUCUCUGUACGCCUCCGGACGUACUACCGGCAUUGUGCUAGACUCUGGUGACGGUGUCUCCCACACUGUGCCCAUCUAUGAGGGUUAUGCCCUGCCCCACGCCAUUCUGCGUCUGGAUCUGGCCGGCCGCGAUCUGACCGACUACCUGAUGAAGAUCCUUACCGAGCGCGGUUACAGCUUCACCACCACCGCCGAGCGCGAAAUCGUUCGCGACAUUAAGGAAAAGCUCUGCUACGUGGCCCUGGAUUUCGAGCAGGAGAUGGCCACGGCUGCAUCCAGUUCUUCCCUGGAGAAAUCGUACGAGCUGCCUGACGGGCAGGUCAUCACCAUUGGAAACGAGCGCUUCCGCUGCCCUGAGUCGCUCUUUCAGCCCUCUUUCCUGGGCAUGGAGGCCUGUGGCAUCCACGAGACCACCUACAACUCGAUCAUGAAGUGCGAUGUAGACAUUCGCAAGGAUCUUUACGCCAACACCGUUCUGUCCGGCGGUACUACCAUGUACCCGGGUAUCGCUGACCGAAUGCAGAAGGAAAUCACUGCGCUGGCUCCAUCGACCAUGAAGAUAAAGAUUGUUGCCCCGCCGGAACGCAAGUACUCCGUCUGGAUAGGCGGCUCCAUUCUAGCCUCGCUGUCCACUUUCCAGCAGAUGUGGAUCUCGAAGCAGGAAUACGACGAGUCCGGCCCCUCCAUCGUCCAUCGCAAGUGCUUCUAAGCAAAGAUGGGCGUGGUCAUGCCAAACCGAACACACCCACUACAGACAAAGGGCGGGAGUCGGAUGUAUAAGGCAUGAGUACAUUAAUACCGGGAGCAAGCGCACAACUCUCCUGCUCCUUCCAAAAGAAUGCAUUCCAUCAACUUUUAUGCACAAUUAUACACGUACGCAUCAGCUUUACAUACUGUUUUAUUCGAAAUUCAAGUUCAUAUGCCAAUUGGCGUUUAUAAAAUCAAUUCAUAUGUAAUUUUCUUUACUUCAUGCAUUCCUACAUAUGUAUUAAAAUAAAACAUACCAUACCACUAAAAUACUUGUAACAGCUUUUAAGUAAUAAAGCGACGAAAA